CAUUUAGACUGGACUGUAGCUCCAAGUCUCCACCCGACACGUUAGAACUUGAAACAUUUCCCGACUUAAUGAAGUCUGUGAGGGAAUCUGUGAGGACAGGGACAAGAAACAGAUUUUCUAAACACUCCAGACACAAUGUUCACACGUUUGCUAAGAAAUGUUCCGCCAUUCAGGCGAAUCGUUGGUGUCAGAAGUUACUUGAAGUCAAGUCCUGCAGGCUACUCGGUGACAGAGACACCGGAAGCUGAGCCAUCAGCACCUGUCGUUGUGACGUCGGUACCUGGUCCCAGGUCACUAGCCUUAAAGCAAGAAUUGGAUCCAGUACAGAACACAGAUGCUAUCCAAUUUUUUGUGGAUUACAAGAAGAGUUAUGGGAACUAUAUCGCUGAUGUGGAUGGUAACUUUUUGCUGGAUUUGUACACACAGAUAGCCAGUGUUCCUAUUGGCUAUAAUCAUCCACGAAUGACCCAAGUCUUGAAAGAUCCAGAUCAUUUAAGCACCUUUGUCAACAGACCUGCACUUGGAAUAUUUCCUCCAUCAGACUUUGUCCAGACAUUGGCUGACUCCUUGCUGUCAGUAGCGCCACCAGGCAUGCGUCAGGUGAUCACAAUGGGCUGUGGAGCUUGCUCCAUCGAGAAUGGAAUGAAAGCUGCUUUCAUGGCUUAUAGGAGAAAUGAAAGGGGAGGUAAACCUCCAUCCAAAGAAGAACUUGAUUCAUGUUUGAUAAACCAGGCCCCAGGAUGUCCAGAUCUGUCAGUGUUGUCCUUCAAGAACGCUUUCCAUGGCAGGACAAUGGGUGCUUUAGCCUUAACCCAUACCAAAUGGAACCAAAAACUAGAUUUUCCAAGUCCUGAUUGGCCAAUUGCUUCCUUCCCACAGCUCAAGUACCCGCUCCAAGAUUUUGUCUCGGAAAAUUCCACAGAGGAAAAAAGAUGUUUGGCACAAGUUGAAGAUUUGAUAGCACAGUACCGGAAGAAAGGCAAACCAGUUGCCUGUGUUGUCACUGAACCAUUGCAAUGUGAAGGGGGAGAUAACUUUGCUAGCCCACAGUUUUUCCAAGGUCUUCAGGAUAUUUGUAAAAAGAAUUCUAUUUACUUGCUCAUUGACGAAGUUCAAACUGGAGCCGGAGCCACGGGCAAGUUUUGGCUGCACGAACAUUUUAAGCUCCGUGAGCCGCCAGACAUUGUGACCUUCUCCAAGAAAAUGAUGCUGGGCGGCUUGUACUUCAGAGACCACAUGAGACCAACAGAAGGUUACAGGAUCAUGAACACCUGGCUGGGAGACCCUUCCAAAGUUCUGAUGCUUCGAGAAGUGAUCGACGUGAUCAAGGAGGACAACUUAUUGCAGAGGACAGCCGACACAGGGGCGUACCUAUUACAAGUUUUAGAAGAAGCACAGACAAAAAAUCCCAGUCUUCUGUCAAAAGCAAGAGGCAUUGGUGCAAUAGCCGCAGUGGAUCUUCCCGAUGGUCCAACAAGGGACAAAGCACUAGCCAAGAUGAGAGAACUAGGAGUUCAUCUCGGUACUUGUGGUACAGCGACUUUACGAUUAAGACCAACACUAACUCUGGAGAAGAAACAUGUGGACAUCUUUGCAGACAGAUUCCAUCAAGUCAUAAAGCAACUGUCUUAAUGGACACAAAUCAUUCUACUAACUUUAUACAUCACCUCCUGUUCUAACCUUUAUGCAUUCGAUAAUUCUUAUACCAAUUAAAAACACAAUAUUGCAUUCUAUAA